ACCGUCCUAAGCAUCACUACGAAUCCUGUCGGGCGAAUUGAUCGACGCACUCCGCAAAGCACGUCUGAUUUCCACGAAAUCGAACGGACUCACCGCCUCCGAUUCCUUCAGGAGAGGCCCACGGCGAGGUAUAAAAGGGACGUGAGGCCCCUCAGAAAACAUCAUCGCAGCACAGCUUCGACAUCACUUGACCAGCAAAGCCUUUUCACUCAACUUCCAACCAAUCCUCCACCCAGCUCCAAAAUGCAGCUCUCCAUCCUCGCUAUCAUUGCCCCGCUCCUUGCUACGGUCCACGCCGGCUGCUACUCCGGCGGCGAGACUUGGGCGCCCGACCAGGUCCAAGCCAACAACGCACUCGACGGAGUGUGCAACGGGCUGUCCGGGGGCUUCGGCGGCAAGCAGACCAAGUACGCGUGCGUCAACGCCGGGACUGCGAACAAGCGCUUCGAGUUCUGGGUCACCAACACGGCGGGCAACAGUCUGAGCCUGAACAAGGGCGACUGCGUGUUGCGUCUGAGCAACGAGAUUAACGGGUGCCAGAACGGCGGGGAUACGACGACUGCCGGGUGGAACUUCAGGGCCGACCCGAACGCCGGGCGCUGCUAG